GAGAAACGGGGGUAUUGAGAACUUAAUCACAUUUUUGAGAGCCAGCUUGUAUGUCUUUGCAUGCUCAAGUACAGAGGAAAACGUCAAAUCCUUAGGAAGCGCGUUGAGGGAAACUCUCCAUGAAUGUAUGUCACAAUGAUGAUGACCGACCAGAUCCCUCUGGAGCUGCCGCCGUUGCUGAACGGAGAGGUAGCCAUGAUGCCUCACCUGGUGAAUGGGGACGCGGCUCAGCAGGUUAUUCUCGUUCAGGUGAAUCCAGGUGAGACUUUCACAAUCAGAGCGGAGGAUGGAACACUACAGUGCAUUCAAGGACCUGCUGAGGUUCCCAUGAUGUCACCCAACGGCUCCAUCCCGCCCAUCCACGUGCCACCGGGUUAUAUCUCACAGGUGAUCGAAGACAGUACCGGGGUCCGCCGGGUGGUGGUCACACCCCAGUCUCCUGAGUGUUACCCCCCAAGCUACCCCUCAGCCAUGUCUCCAACCCCUCACCUUCCCCACUACCUGACCCACCACCCGCAUUUCCUCCAUAACUCGCACACGGCUUACUACCCACCCGUGACCGGACCUGGAGACAUGCCGCCUCAGUUUUUCCCUCACCAUCAUCUUCCCCCGACGAUAUAUGGCGAACAAGAAAUCAUACCGCUGUAUGGAAUGUCAAGCUACAUUACCCGAGAAGACCAGUACAGCAAGCCUCCGCACAAGAAGCUGAAAGACCGCCAGACCGACCGCCAGAACCGUCUCAAUAGCCCUCCCUCUUCCGUGUACAAAGGCAGCUGCACGACAGUGUACAAUGGCUACGGAAAGGCUCACGGAGGCGGCAGCGGCGGAGGUGGGGGAGGCGGCAGCGGCGGAGGGCCGGGAAUGAAGAAAGCAGAGCGGCGAGCAAGAAGCAGUCCGAAGUCCAACGACUCCGACUUGCAAGAGUAUGAAUUGGAAGUAAAGAGGGUGCAAGACAUUCUUUCGGGAAUAGAGAAACCACAGGUCUCUAACGUCCAGGCAAGAACGGUUGUGCUGUCCUGGGCGCCUCCCGUUGGACUCUCAUGUGGACCGCACAGCAGUCUCUCCUUCCCCUACAGUUACGAGGUCGCCUUAUCAGACAAAGGACGAGAUGGGAAAUACAAGAUCAUUUACAGUGGAGAAGAAUUAGAAUGUAACCUGAAAGAUCUUAGACCAGCAACUGAUUAUCAUGUGAGGGUCUACGCCAUGUACAAUUCCGUAAAGGGAUCCUGUUCUGAGCCAGUUAGCUUCACCACCCACAGCUGUGCACCCGAGUGCCCUUGCCCACCUAAACUGGCACACAGGAGCAAAAGUUCUCUGACCUUGCAGUGGAAGGCACCAAUUGACAAUGGUUCAAAAAUCACCAACUACCUUUUAGAGUGGGAUGAGGUAAAGAGAAACAGUGGUUUCAGACAGUGCUUCUUCGGGAGCCAGAAGCACUGCAAGCUGACGAAGCUUUGUCCAGCCAUGGGGUACACGUUCAGGCUGGCUGCCCGGAAUGACAUCGGUACCAGCGGUUACAGCCAAGAGGUGGUAUGCUACACGUUAGGGAACAUCCCUCAGAUGCCCUCUGCACCCAGACUUGUUCGAGCUGGCGUCACUUGGGUCACGCUGCAGUGGAAUAAGCCAGAAGGCUGUUCGCCAGAGGAAGCAAUUUCUUAUACCCUGGAAAUUCAGGAGGAUGAAAACGAUAACCUUUUCCACCCAAAAUACACUGGAGAGGAUUUAACCUGUACUGUGAAAAAUCUCAAAAGAAGCACACAGUAUAAAUUCAGGCUGACUGCUUCUAAUAUGGAAGGGAAAAGCUGUCCCAGUGAAGUGCUGGUUUGUACAACAAGUCCUGACAGGCCUGGACCUCCUACCAGGCCCCUUGUUAAAGGACCGGUUACACCUCACGGCUUUAGUGUCAAAUGGGAUCCUCCGAAGGACAACGGUGGUUCAGAAAUUCUCACGUACUUACUGGAGAUUACUGAUGGAAAUUCUGAAGCAAACCAGUGGGCAGUGGCCUACAGUGGGGCAGACACGGAGCACACGCUCACCGACCUGAAGCCGGGCACUUUGUACAGGCUCCGUGCGUGCUGCAUCAGCACCGGGGGGCACAGUCAGUGUUCCGAGAGUCUACCUGUUCGCACACUAAGCAUUGCACCGGGUCAGUGUCGACCGCCCAGGGUUCUGGGUAGACCAAAGCACAAAGAAGUCCACUUAGAGUGGGACGUUCCUGCAUCUGAGAGUGGGUGCGAGGUCUCAGAGUACAGCGUGGAGGUGACGGAGCCCGAGGACGUGGCCUCGGAGGUGUACCACGGGCCGGAGCUGCAGUGCACUGUGGGCAACCUGCUCCCCGGGACCGUGUACCGUUUCAGGGUGCGGGCUCUGAACGACGGCGGGUACGGUCCCUACUCUGACGUCUCGGAGAUUGCCACGGCCGCGGGGCCUCCCGGACAAUGCAAAGCACCUUGCGUUUCCUUCUCGCCGAAUGGAUGCGUCCUCGUGGGCUGGGAGAGUCCCGAAAGGUCUGGCGCCGACAUCUCAGAGUACAGGCUGGAGUGGGGAGAGGAUGAGGAGUCUUUAGAACUCGUCUAUCACGGCCCGGACACCAGCUUCGAAAUCCGAGACCUGCUGCCUGCCGCGCAGUACUGCUGUAGACUACAGGCCUUCAACCAAGCGGGCGCAGGGCCGUACAGUGAACUCGUGCUCUGCCAGACACCAGCAUCUGCCCCGGACCCCGUCUCCACUCUCUGCGUCCUGGAGGAGCAGCCCCUCACCACCCACCCCGAUUCACCCUCCGUGUGCCUUGUACUGAACUGGGAAGAGCCAUGCAAUAACGGAUCGGAAAUCCUUGCUUACAACAUUGACCUUGGAGAUACCAGCAUCACCGUGGGCAGCACCACCAGCCACAUGGUAAAAGAUCUCCUUCCGGAAACCACCUACCGGAUCAGAAUUCAGGCUAUAAAUGAAAUUGGAGCUGGACCAUUUAGUCAGUUCAUUAAAGCCAAAACUCGGCCCUUACCUCCAGUGCCUCCCAGGCUAGAGUGUGCUGCAGCUGGUCCUCAGAGCCUGAAGCUUAAAUGGGGCGAUAGCAACUCCAAGACGCACGCGGCCGACGACAUGGUGUACACGCUGCAGCUGGAGGACAGGAACAAGAGGUUCAUCUCCAUCUACAGAGGACCCAGCCACACCUACAAGGUCCAGAGACUAACGGAAUCUACGUGCUACUCCUUCAAAAUCCAGGCAGCCAGCGAGGCUGGGGAAGGGCCCUUCUCGGAAACCUACACCUUCAGCACAACCAAAAGUGUCCCUCCCACCCUCAAAGCACCUCGAGUAACACAGUUGGAAGGAAACUCGUGUGAGAUUUUAUGGGAGACGGUACCACCCAUGAAAGGCGACCCUGUCAGCUACAUCCUACAGGUGUUGGUUGGGAGAGAAUCCGAAUACAAACAGGUGUACAAGGGAGAAGAAACCACAUUCCAAAUCUCAGGCCUCCAGACCAACGCAGACUACCGGUUCCGCGUGUGUGCAUGUCGUCGCUGUCUGGACACUUCUCAGGAGCUAAGCGGAGCUUUCAGCCCCUCUGCAGCGUUUGUAUUACAGCGAAGUGAGGUCAUGCUUCCAGGGGACAUGGGGAGCUUAGACGAUCCCAAGAUGAAGAGCAUGAUGCCUACUGAUGAACAGUUUGCAGCCCUCAUUGUGCUUGGCUUUGCCACUUUGUCCAUUUUAUUCGCCUUUAUAUUACAAUACUUCUUAAUGAAGUAAACAAACCCCACCGAACUAGAGGUAUGAGUUUAAUUAAUGCUACACAUUUUAAUACACACAUUUAUUCAAAUACUCCCCUUUUUAAGUCCUUUUGUUCUUUGAUUUAUAUACUUCUCUUGUUUUACAGACAUAGCUAGGAAAAACAAUGUCAGUGUUUUGGUGCACCUUUUUGUAAUGCAAAACUAGGAAGAGGUUAAACUGGAUUAAAAAAAGAAGAAGAAGAAGAAGAAGAAAAGCAAACCAGACACCAAAAGCUAGCUUUUUUAUGUUUUCUUUUAAAUUGUUCAGAUUUGCCUUUUUUCUGUUUUCACUGAUGUCUUCUGCAAGCCUUUGGUUAUUUUUUUCAGUACAGUUUAGUAAUUUAUAUUCAUCAGUCACUUCCUAUGUCUCGAUCACCUGCAUCUAUAAACAUGAGUCACAGUGUGUGUCAUUGCAGGGCUACGAUGUCAGUGUCGUCAGAGUAUUGCCACAGAACAGCAGCAUACGAAGAUGUGUCCCCUUAGAUGAGGCUGCCUACACAGCCAUGUGGUCACUCAGUUAUCUAUCCGUGUUUAGCUCAUUUAAGUCAACAUGUGUACCUUCAUCUAAAACGUUUUAAUACUCUGUAUUUCCUAUGAUUUUAACACUAUGAGCUGCCUGUAUAAGAAAUCAAGUAACCAAAAUGCACCUAGACAUUACGGCGCAUUGUAGAUUUUACCAUAUCCACUCAUAGCAGUAACGUUAAGAGGGCAUUGUGCAAUAGCUAGGUAUUUCUUUGUUCAGCUAUUUUUAAAGCUGCUUUAACUUGUUUGUCUUUGUAUAUAACUACUUCUGAUCUAAUCACUAGAGUUAUUAUAUUCUGUUACGUUUGACCAGAUUUAUAUGACGAGAACUGGUGGCAGUUCAGUGCCUCUGCCCAUUGUCCACGAUUUCCACUAAUUGUGAGCAAUCUUCUUACGCAUCAGCACAUUAGUUCUGAAAGGUUUUUGCCUUUAGGCUGUUCUUUGAGGUAUCAAGGAAGUGAUUGAAUUUCAGUACCUUAAUUCAGUGCACGUAAUGCUAAUGUAACAGCAGAUGAAAUUGAGAAACCCGAAAAGAGAGUCAUCUAAUUUGUAGUUUCUAUCUCUGUGGGGUUCUCUGGCCACGGAGAGAGAGGGGUGGUAUUUGGGGGUAAGCAUAGGUGGUCUGAGGGGGCAAGGAGCUGAGAUUCUCUCCCCGGGUCUGUCACUAACUUGCUGCGUGACCUGAAACACGUCACUUUACCUCUCUGUGCCUCGGUUUUUCCAUGCAUGAAAAAUAAAAUGAAAUAAAAUGGGGAUUCUAAUGUUUGUAAGUGCUUUGAGAUCUUUGACCAACAGGUGCUAUUGGAGUGCAAAAUGUUACUCUUGCAUGUUAUUUUGAGUCAUGAGAUAAUCCGUUUUAACCCAAGUCAUUGGAUUAUUUAUAUGAAGUCCAUAAUGUUCGAGUACCUCAGGGACAUUUACGAGUUGGAGGUGCAAAUAUAUUCCAAAAGGGUGCAGCAGACACAGUGGGACCCCUGCUUCUGUUUUUGUAUAUUUUUGCUACUUGGUUUUUCUUGAUCAUAGCUAUUUUGUGCUUGGUCUAUGUUGUCUAAGAUGCAGUAUCCUGUUACUAGCUUAUAAUAUUCCCAUACCAAAGUCAUGGGGAAACCAACAUUAUUUUGUUUUUGGUUUAUUUAUACUAUAUUCUGCAUACAGUACUUUAAAUGCCAAUUACAGUGCAAUCUUUAUUUAUUGUAAAAUUUUUUAAAUGUACUUAAGUACUAAUUUUCCCUUGUAGCAUGUUAUUUUUUUUGUGUGUUUUAUACUUUUGUAAUUUUUAGGUCAGUCUCGUCCCUUGGCAACAUCUGUAGUAUUAUUAAUCUUCUGACAUUUUCUUGUGUUUUUAAAGAUAAGAGCAUCUAGUGCAUUAAAUGCCAAAAAAAAAUUUUUUUAUUAUCAAUGAUUGAAACGUUUACAUGUACCCAAAAAAAAAAACAUCAUCAUCUCUUGAAAGUGCUCAGAUCAAUGAAUUAUUCUGUGUGCCUCUUUCCACGUGGUAAUUAGUAGAGACUCUGUAUUUUGUUACCGACUGUAAUAAGUAGUUUAAUUAAGCCUUGCACACUGCUGGCUUCAAGGUAAAUAUAUUUUUGCCAAAGUUCUGGCCUUCCAAACGCAUCCCUCUUUUUAAACAUGUAACAUGGCCCACUGUUACAUUGCAGCUGCAUUUUCUGAGACAAUUUCAUGCAGGUGUUUUGGGGAGAAGGCAUUUAUUGAGCGGUGGAAGUCAGCUGAGUAGAAAACUCUUUGUGCAGGGGGUAGAAGUCUCUGUUGAAACACUUCAGAACUGCUGCUAUCAAGAAAUUCUCUGAAUGGGUUGGAUUUUUUUUUUAAUGAAAUAAUACUGUAGGUCACAAUCACUAUGCAUGUGUGAUCUCUGGAGAUGCUCAUACUGUCUGGCCACCAGAACGCUGCAGUGUGGGAAGUACAAGCUGACGACACUUUAUUUUAUUGCUCUUCAUUAACUGGUGUUCAUUAUAACUUCGGUCAGAAAAUUCUCUCUCUCUGUGACACGGUUUCCUCUCACAAAUAUGUAUAUGUGAUAUUGAUAUACGCCCGUAUAUACUGCCAUUACACACGAACAAUAAAAUAAAGUGUUAACGUAACCGUAUCUCUUUGCCCUUCUGCAAUGUUUAGGAAGGAGCGAGUGGCUUUCGGACACUCGGACUCUCCUCCGUAUGUCAGAUUCAUCCCUCGCACAAGAAGGUCCAGUCACGGGACACGAACUGCCCUACCCUUUGUCCUCAAAGAAACUGUUUAAAAAGAACCCUUUUUUUAAAAGAUUUUUUUCGUAUUAUCUGCCUUGUUCUUAUCAACUUGAAAUGUUGGCAUUUUCUAACCUUGUUUUGUUGGCUACAGUAAUUCAGUAUUCAUGUCGAAAUUGAAAAGUGCCCUAACUGAAUGUGUUUGAAUGUUAUCCUUGCACAAUUCUUUAAAUUGAAAGAUAAAAUGUUUUACCUCACUGUUGGACAUACAUUCCAAGCUUUUCAACUUUAGGAGAAAAAAAAAAAUCAUGUUUUCCUGUAUUGUAAAUUUUAGACUAUUUCAUAUACAUUGUAUUAAAACUGCCAUAUCAAUUUUAAUGUAUAGAUUUUGCAAAUACUAUGCUAUAUGUAAUACCUAACUGUAUCUGUAGUGUAUAUGUAAUAUAUUUAUGCCCAAUAAAUGUUUUAAUUCUU